UUAUAAAUAAAUACUCCCUCUGUUUUUUUAAGAUGAAUGUUCUAGGAUUUUCACACUUAUUAAGAAACCAUAUUAAAACUUAGUUAUUAAUGCAUAGUUUUUUGUAACUUUAUAUUUUUUAUAUUUUUAAACCAAUAGGAUUAAAAGAAAUGUAACUAAUAUUUUUGAAACACACAAUUUUUCAUUAUUAAUUGACAAAAUAUGCUUUGAAAACAUGAAAAAUACAUCUUUUGGAAACAAAAUAUUUUUCUAGAACAUCCAUCUUUAAAAAACAGAGGGAGUAGCAUUUUACCAGAGGUGACAAGAGUCAAAACUGGGAAUAUCCAGAAUAUGGUAUCUAUAUCGAGUUACCGACAUACCACACGGAUACAGCUCCAUACCCUUUUUUUUUUCUUUCUCUGAGUUUUAUUAAGAGACAGAAGCCCAAAACGGGCUAAAGCCCAACAACAGAAAAGACAGAAGACCUAAACAACGGGCCAAACUUUACAGAAACGAUUUUGGACCCUCAGCCCAAAAAAGAGAAAAACCGUCGAGGAAGUAAGGCGUCUCUGUCCACCACGUGGUCGGUUGCCCUGCAAUCUGAGUCCACGCGUCAAGACAAGAGAUGACUAACUUCCACCGGUGCCAAACUGGAGAUGCGACGGAAUUCCGCCAUCAGCGAAGACAAGCCGAAGAAGAAACCCGGACAAACCAAGCAAUCUUCAAAUCGAACAAGUCGCUCACCGGAUCUAAGCUUCUGAAAACAAUCUUCAUCGAUCCAUCCUACAACUUCCGAUCUUCUUGCAUGGAAAUCAGUCAUCUUUAUAGAUGAGAAAUAGCCCGAAGAUGAAAAAACCUUUAAGAGAAAGGAAGAAGAAGGCGUCGGAGGUGAGGAAGGAGAGAGGAUUGAACGGUGAAACAGCAGGAAGCAUUGAUCGACAAACCGAGAAAAAAUCUCGGGGAAAGCCGCAGUCACCAUGGAGCACGACGUGGAGGCAAAAGCCGAACAGCCCCGUCAAGGAGAUCGCGAGCCGUCGGAGUCAGAAGCCAACUAUACCCGUCGAGAAGACCACGGUAUACCAGAGACAAAAGUCACCGAAAGAAAUCGGCGACGGGAACAAACUUCAUCUCUUCAUCUUCUUCGUGAAAUAUUUUUGAAAAAGAACGAAGAAGAGAGAGAAACUUUUUUGUGUUUUUUUGAACAUGGCUCCAUACCUUUUAGAGUCAUGGCAAAUGUAUUUUCAUACAUAUUAUAUACUAUAAGUACACAUAACAAUGAAUGAAUUCACUAGGGUGUUUAAAAAAAAAAAAUCAAGUUAGUUUUUGAACAUUUACUCUAGACCUAGAGAUAUUUAAUGCGAGAAAAGUACUAACUACAUGAAGAAGAAGAAGGAAAAAUCAAAACUAUACUAAAAGCACAAUAUAAAGCCCUAUGAAGCCCUCCACGUCGGAUAGAAUAAACGACCAAUAGUAAUGCAGCAAACAGCCACGUCACCGUCGAGUUAACUUUGUUUUGACUUUUGGUUUGGGCUUCGAUGUUUCUGGCCUGUAUGGUAUGAAUGUUUUUGAGCCCACGUUCUGGAGAUGAAAGACCAACGUAUUACGCAACAUGUUCUUUUUGUCUUUGUCGUAACCCUAAUUUUGUUCUUCACCCUCCUUUCGUCUUCCUGAUCUUCCAUCUCUCUCUUCUCUAAAUCCGUUUUCUUGAGUAACUUCACCACUAAAUCCUGUAAUCAAACCUUGGUUUAACACAUUCAAUGGAUUCUCUUCACCUUCCUCUUUAUUUUCCUAUUUAUAGAUCUGAUUUCUUGGCUUAUUACUCUAUCAAAGUUCAUAAGAUUCUCUCAGACAGUCAUCGCGAUGGAAAACACUGGCAAAUCUCCGAUCUCCACUGACCGUAAGACCAACGAGAAGAACGUCGACUCCUCUCCGUCUGCAAAACCAAACGGGAAGUCCAUUGCUUCCUCUGUGACCAUCGACUCUUCUGCGUCUGUGAAGCCAAACGAGAAGUCCACCGCUUCUUCCGCGAUUGCGAAGAAACUUAACAAGAAGGCUGCCAUUUCAUCUGCCAAUCCGAUGUACCCAACCGCUGUUACCGCUCUCUCCUCCGCGCAUGGCGACCAAGUGAUGUUGUUCAGAGAUAUUUCUCACGGCCCGCGCGAAGCCGAGUUGAUGUUUCGUUUGAUUCACUUCUGGGAGGCUCGCAAUCCAAAUACAAAAGCCUUAAUUGGACAAGAGAUGCUCCUUAUCGACGAAGAGGGUACUGUUAUUCAAGGUUUUGUUCCAGCCAGCCGUGUCGGAACAUUUGAUUUGAUAGCUGGUUCUGUGUUUAAACUGAUCAACUUCUUCGGAUCCAGAAGCAAAGAUCAGUAUCGGGUUGCUGAUCAUGUCGCCACCGUCUCAUUCACUUGGAAUUCUUCUUUGUCCGUGCUUGAGAACCCUCCGGUUCUAAUUCCAGAAGAUAGGUUCAGGUUCCACAGCUACGAGGAGUUUAAGGCCAACUGUGACUCCAAGGGUGAUCUUUAUGAUUACCUUGGUCACAUGAAGCUGGUGAAUGGACAGACUAUCACGGACCAUAUGGUGCUUGACGAAGAUGCCAUAGCAGAGAAGCGGCAUCUAUGUGUUCAUGUUCAGACACAUGAUGAACCGGUGAUGAAGCUUUAUCUGUGGGACAAGGUUGCAGCCGACUUCUGCCAGAAAUUCAAGUCGUAUGGAAGCAUCCCAAGCGUUCUUUUGGUCACCACUGUGAACCCUAAACAUCUUGGAGGAACCCUUGCUAUCACUUCUAUGCCAUCAUCACGUGUGUUUAUGGAUUCCGAUGUUCAGCCUACCAAGGAUUAUCUUGAAUGGUUGAGUUCCAACUUUGAUAUUGCUAAUAGGAUUUCUGCUGAGGUUGUUACUAAGCCUGAGACAGUGACUCUUGAAGAGCUAUUCACUUACAUCAAGCAGGAAGCUUCUAAGGUUGCUUGGUUUGAGUGCAUAGCAACUAUAGAUGAUGUUGUCCAGGGUUCUGCUUGGUAUUACAUUUCCUGCGAUGGAUGUAAUAGCAAGGCUGUCAAAGGGCCUACUUCUAUGAUUUGCAACAAUAAGAAGUGUGGGAAGAGAGAAGUCACAGGAGUGCCACAGUACCUCACGAGGCUUUCUGUGUAUGAUAAGAAAGAGCAAGCAGUGUUUGUCAUUCUUGGUGAUGCUGGCAAGGAGUUAACUGGGAAACAUGCAGCGGAAUUAGUUGCUAAGUACUUUGAGGCUAACGAUGGAGUAGGAGCUGAACACUGCGUCCCGGUUCCACAGGCUUUGCUUGAUACAAUAGGGCAGACGCGCAAGUUUAUUGUUAAAGUUUCGGAUCAUAAUCUGAAAGGCAAGAUUCAGUCCAUAACUGUCACCAAGAUUCUCCCACUAGAAGCUCCACUUCCAUCAGUUGUAGGUGAGGAAUCUGGUUCUUCCGGAGGCUUAGGAGAUACUGCAGGUGAUAGGGCUAGGAAAGCCGCUGAGACCCUUGAGUCAGAUGCAGCAAAGCGUUCAAAGAGUGGCUAAUAUGGUUUCAGCUUAUUUUCUUGCUGCAGUUCAGGUCGUGUUUUUUUAAGUUUCCCUAAUGCCUUUGUGUUCUUUUCAUUACAAACUUCAGGCUUUUGACAUUUUCUGUUUAAGUUUUUUUAAUACAAUUUCCAUUAUAUGGUUUUAUCUUAUCCUUAUGAGCAUUUUACUUAUUGCAUUAUGAUCUUUCCAUAGGUAGCGUUAUAAUCUUUCGAAAGAAAUCGCUUUGGUUUGAAUAUAGUAAUGAUCUGAAAGAAAUCGCUCUGGUCAUUUAAUUUGUGAACUUUGGUCCGGGAGCAUUAAAUUUAAAUUUAUAUGAAAUUAUUACACAAUCCCGAAUUUACAUCAAUCUUAGUGUGAAAAGGAAAGUUAAUAUUCUUCACAAAUGUUUCUUUUAAAAUAAGUAAUGUCCCAAAAACCUAGCUUCUUGCCGAAUCCAACAGACGCUCUCUACCAUCUUCUCACGACCAUCCUCCAGAGACUCCGUAUACGUAUACUGAUAUACCUAAUCUAUAGUGAGUUGGUUAUAGAAUCGCUGCACAAGUCAGGAAUGUAUAACACACCCUCCGAUGAACCCAUAGCACUUGAAGGUAAACAAUUCAUCUACUCUUCUUUCUCUGAAAAGUCCAAUCAAAAUGAAACCAUGGUUAGAUUACGUAUAAUACAAAACAGAGAGAGAGUAUAUGAAUAGUUAAAUCUAAAAAAAAAAUAUAUGUGAAUAAUACUAAGAAUGAGUAUUGAAUAUGCUAUGUCGCUCUUGAAAACUGUAAAUUGUAAACAUCAAAGUAACUUUAUUAUUCGUUACUUUUAAGCUAGCCUCUACUCCUAAGUUUUUAUAAUUGUUUGAAUCAUUUUGUGGUGUUAUUAUCAUGGUUGCAAAACGUUAAACAAACCCUUUAUUUAUUAAUAUUGGCUGGACAAUUACAUAAAGAAGAAUUAUAGACUAAAUAUAAAAAAAAUACUGAGAAAGACUGCAAACCUAAGUUCAAAAAAAAAAAAGACUGCAAACCUAAUGUUUUAAAUGUAUAAUUUAUAUUUUAGUGUUAUAUAUUGUGUAACUCUAAGAUACUAUUUUAAAAUAAUUUCAGGCUCUCUAUCUCGAAAAAGUACUAUGUCUCUCUUCCCCGAUAAGUUCACCAUCUUAUCUAUGAUUUCAGUUCUUUUUUUUGUUUAAAUCUUUAGUAUCUGCACUUAAUAAUAUGAUAAUCGCUUUAUCAAUGCGUUGUUUUUACUGCGUUUUUAUAUUUGAUAUCAGUCAAAAGAAUCAAUAUUUUGUCAUAAAUAUAAUAUGCAUGAGGAAAUAAUAUUUUCAAAUAAUCCACUUAACAAUACUUAUAAGGUUUGUGUAAUCAUUUUAAAACCAUUGUUAACCAGUUUUAUUAGCACCGUUAGUAAGAGGCCAUUUGUUUAAAUGGACACGCCUCAGCAUAAACACCAUUUUCAUGAAAGCAAAAUUAUUUAAAAUAUCCUGUUCGUUUAAAAAAAUGUAAUAUAUGUUAAAAGCAAAUUAUUUUGAAUGGUUUUAUUUUUAUAAACUACUCCCUCUGUUUUUAAAAAAUGCAUAUUCUAGAUUUUUCACAUAUAUUAAGAAAACUCAUUAAAUAUGCAAUGUUUUUUGUGAAUAACAAUUUUCCAUAACUUUAAGCCAAUAGAAUUUCAAUAAACACCAUUAAUUUUUUUGAAACUUACAAUUUUUCAUAAAAUCAUACAUUGAAAAAGUAAAAAAUAUAUCUUUUUAAAACACAUUUUUUUUCCAGAACAUACAUUUUUUAGGAACGGAUGGAGUAUACGGUACUGAAAAAUAAAAGGUAAACUUAGUCCUAUUAAAAACAAUCAAACUUUAAAGUAGGAGCUUCAUAGCUCAAACAGACGUAACUUUAAAUUCUAAAUAUAUUCAUGUCCCACCAAAUUAUAUAUUAUUUUUAAUUUAUGUAUAAGCUCACCCAACCAUUUUUAUUAGUUAUUUUUCUUUACAUAAUAAAAGAGUUACAAUACAAUUUCACCAGAAUCUACUAUCUCAAAUUUAAGAUACACAAGUUUAGUUCAAUUUAUUAAUAUUAUAGAUUUAAUUACAUUUUAAGCAAAUUUAUCAUUGUAUUUUUUUAAAUCUCUACUUCUCUAAAACUCAAUUUCUGUCUUUCAAACUUUGCUAAACAAUUUAAAUAUAUAGAGAAUAAAUUAAAAAGACAUAAUCUGCGCGUAGCGCGGACAAUCGAUCUAGUAAAGAUAAAAACAUUAAUAGAAAGUGGCGUGGGAUAAUAAAUAAUGAAGGUAGUAAAUGGGCAGAAGCAUUGCACGUGAAACUCUGUAAGCAUUUUGCGGUGAGUGUGACCUCUGGACCUGUCGCUGCUUCACUAUGGGUCUAUUAUGUCACUUGCAUUCAUCUCUUAUUGUCUCUAAAUUAAUUUAAUAUUUUAUGUAUUUUUGUAGAAAUUAUAAUAUGUAUCGAGAUCUUAUGAGCCUAAAAUAGUUGGGCCUGUGGAUGAUCCAGAUUUGAGCUAUGCCUUGCUACAAUCAAUGAUACUCUAUCAGCUAGUAAAAAUACAUAGUCUUUUUUUUAACGCUGAUUUAUUAUGAUCUUACAAUUAUGAUAUAGGAAAUAUUACAUAGACGAUUCGACAACCGACAAUACUACCUGCCUUAUGAAGACCUACGCCUAACUGCAUCACCUGAGCCGUCCUAUGAAGAUCCACGCCUGACCAGAUGUACUUGCACCAUGUUGAAGAUCCCUUGCAAGCUUUUCCUCUGUAGUCUGCAUAAUUGUUUAAUAAACCGCUCUCUCCGAGACUUGAAACCUGGAUUUCCUGUAAUCUGCAAUAAAUUUGCAUAGUCUGGGAUUUGAAGCCCAGACCUGGGUGUAGAAGCCUUUAAACCUUAACCAAUAGGCUACGGUGCUUCCACCUGAGUGUAGAAGCCUUUAAACCUUAACCUUAAAAAUACAUAGUCAUAAAAUUGUUCUUUGCUUACCUUUAUAAUAUGUUUUGAGAGUUAGCUUCUAAAUUACAAAUUGUUUUUUUUUUUACUUUAUUUAGAAGUACAAAGCCGAUGAACAUGAGCACACAUUUGAAUCUAAAACAAGUAGCAAGUUUUGAUGAAACAUCAGUUUAAUUUACAGAUUUUUGAUGAAACACAAUUUUCGUUUGUAAGAAUUUUGGUACCUAUUGCAGAUGCAGCCACAUACUAGAAUGGUCAACAAAAACAGAUAUUGUUUAUCUCAGACUAAAUAGUACGGUUUGAUUGAUAUCUUUGAAUUUGAUUAUAAAUUUAGAACUUCAUUGUUCUAUUAUAUCCCAAUAAUAAACACAUUCACAUAUAUAUUCCAUUAAUAUAAUUUACAGAAACAUUACAAAGAACUCAACAUGAUGGUAGAGAAGAAAACAAAUUCAUUGACUUUCUCAUAAUGCAAAAAAAAAAAGAAUGCAAUAGUGAAUAUAUAGUACAUUUUUACUGAUCUAAAAUUUAAUUAUGAAUUCAAAACCUCACGACUCUAUUACAUUCAAGUAUAAACAUUAACCAAUAAUUCAAAACAUAUAUUCUUCCAAUAUUUAACCAGUUAUCGAGUAUUAUAUAUAAUGCUUCCUGAAAACAUAUACAUAGUAAGUGAAUGCAAAGAUCUUCCGUUUGACUUUAAAGGAAAUAAAAGUAAAGAUCAAGUCUUGUGAAUGUAAAUACCAAAUUAAGAAAAUCACACUUUAUUUCCAUCAAAUUCAUCAUAUCUAUCAUUGUUGUUUGGUUCUUCUUAUUUUUUCUUAGUUCUGAUUUGCAAAGCAUAGUGUAUACUAUAUUAUUUCUUUCUAUUUAUAACUGAUUGAUAUUGUUACUGUAUAGAUUGAGCAGGUUGGAUUACUUGGAUGCAUGAGUUUGUAGAGAGAAGAACGUCUGUAUUUGUGACAAAUUAUCACAUCAACUUAGCUAAUUAUUACAUAGUUAACUGAUGAGUAUUUCCACUCCAAAUACACCAAGAGAUUUUUUUUCCUGCUUUUAGCUUUGUUAGUGGCUUUGGUCAUAGCCAAUACUUUAUUUUAGACAAACAACACACCCUAGACUAGUGUCAACUACCAACUUAAACCAUGGCUAAACACGCCUAGUUAUCAUUUCGGCCUAAACUUAAACUGUAAAUCAGUCACUAACAACAAAGUCUAAUAAGUAUCGUUUAGAAAACAAUUGAUAAUACUGAAUACUUAGUGUCAUGUUGACCAAAAAAACACUUGAUAAUUAAGAUUAAACAGGUUUUUUUAUUUGUUUCUAAAGUAGUAAUAAUGGCUAUCAAUUUUGCAAUGUUAGCCAAUCUAAAUUCAAGAAAAGAAAAAAAACAGAGGAACAAAAAGAAAAAAACACCCGACCAAACAUCAAAACAACACAAACAACCAUUGUACUUGAAAAUAUCUCAGACCUAUGAAAUCAGACCGCAGUCAGCGAUCACCACGGGCCUGGAAAGCUUGUCCCUAACAUGUUCCUUUGAAAUGAUCCUGACCACAUCCAAUCCUUCAACAACUUGGCCAAACACGACGUGUACAUCGUCAAGUUCCCGGUUCUCCGUCAAACAGAUUAUAAACUGAGAUUCGUUGGUGUCAGGACCACGGUUGUUCAUGGAGAUGAUACCCGGACUGGUGUGCUACUUUUUGAUGAAGUUCUCAUCCUCAGAAAAUUUUGGGUGGUUUAAAUGCUUUUUAAUAAAAAAAAUCAAAAACUUUUUGAUACUUUUAAUAUACUUUUGAAGUGCAUAGAUAUAUUUAGAUUGUGUAUAUGAAAUUAACAUAAAUUUUUUAUGUAUUUGGAUAUUCAUUCGAUUCUCUGUUCGUUUCGCUUUGAUUAUUUUGGAUAUCUUUAUAUAUAAAAUAGGCUUUGCUUCUCUCCCAGGGUGUCCACCUCAGCUGCCAGCUCAUAAAUUCGAGCUCCAUGGUAUCGACACGUGUCAUCCCCAAAUUAUUUCAUCUUUACGUUUCUUCUUGGCCUUUAAUGAUUCUUUUGAUACGGACCUCGGUGUGAUGAUCCAAGCUUCGGUUGAAACGAGACUAUGACAAAAUUCUCAAAGAAAAAGAAGAAAAAUUCUUCUGUAGAGAGAAGAAGACAGACGAUAAGAGAUUUGGUUUAAUAUAAGACAAGAUGAAAUCAUGUUUUAACCUGAGAAGAAGACUAACCCUAAUCCACGUUGAUACAGGUUUUUUCUCGCUGGGGUAUGAAACGUAACCACGUCGGUUCAUCUCUCCCUCAAUUCAAUUGACAGAGUUAUUAACAGUAAUUAUAGUAUGCAAUCAAUUCAUCCACUUUUUCCUCAUCGAUCAAGAUUUUUCACCUCCCCCAUCACCGAAGCUAUAUAUAUAUAUGUGGCGCAAGGUGCCCAAGAGAAAUCACAAAGCUUCUUCCAACGAAGAAAGUCGUCUCAAGGGGAUCAGAGUCAGAGGAGUCGACGAGCAUCACCAGCGUCGUCUUCUUCCGCCUACGGUGGAAAAACCCAGAUCGUUGAUUGCCUUUAAAAUCCUUGGAGUUACAGGAAUUCGUAUUUGGCAUAAAUAGGUGGAUUAGAGACAGAGGAUUUGAACAUAUUAGAGUUGGAUCAUUAUGUGUUGCAGCCACAGCUGCGAGAGCACUAAAGUAAGUUCUUCAAAGAAUUUUCCAAUCUUCAGAAGGGUUCUACCGGGGCUCAUAGACUCAAUACUUUGAAGCACCUGUUGAAGGAAGAUGCCAUCUAUGUGCUAAGUGUAUUCAAUGUCACAAGAAUUAACAUCCACUUCAACUCACUGACUCACCAGUUUCCAUUCGCUUCAACGACCUGACCAACUUUGUGGAGCUUAUGUAGACGUCUUUAUUCUACAGAACAGUUCAAGUUUCAGAAAUAUGAGCAGCUCAUGCCUUUAGUUAAUACAAACGUGGAUUUGCCGGACAUUGUUCGUGUUGUUUGUGGCAUCAAGAACACCUACAACAAAGGUUGUAUGCUAUCACUUUUAAUUUCCCUUUCUCUUUCUCAUUUACAAAGUUAAUUUCUUUUGUUAAUUCAUUAUGUAGGUACCAUAGAAUUACUCUCGGACUUUGUAGUUUGUAAAUAUUUUUUGUUCUGAACGUUGAAUUUUCAGUGAUUAUAUUUAAAAAAAUUUGGUGAAAAA